GGCAAGCAGAUCCUGAGCACCGGAGUGGCAAAGAUGGCCAUAAAAUUUUGUUGCUUUGCCAAGGAACCUGUUGAAGAUGUUACGGUUUGGAGUGAGUCGAUCGAAAAGCUACUGGAGUCCCAAGCUGGAUUGCAUGCCUUCACGGAGUUCCUGAAGUCCGAGUACAGUGAGGAAAACAUCUUGUUCUGGCAAGCUUGUGUGGAAUACAAGAAGAUCUCAUGCAGGACAGAAAGGAUGUGUGAGGCCAAUAGGAUCUACUCUGAGUUUGUACAAACGGAGGCCCCCCGGCAGAUCAACAUUGACUGUAAGACUCGAGCGACAAUAACAAAAAACAUCUCGGAGCCGGACGAGGCCACCUUUGAAAUGGCCCAAGCUCUGAUCUACAGGCUCAUGACGAGGGACUCUUACCCGCGGUUUUUAAAAUCCGACAUCUACCAGGCACUGCUGCAGAAAUGAGGCCACACCCGACUUCUCUAGGAUUAAAAUGUCUUUCUUUAAAAGUGUGUUUGGUUCCCAGGUAACAUACACCUUCAUUCAGGCUGAACCGAUGAGUUCCCAUGGAGUUCUACCACAAAAAGCCGUUCUCAAUAGGCCAUUUGGAACUGAGGAACUAAAGGCUCUUCAUAAUAGAUUGUAGUAACUUACUCAAUAUGACAGUAUACUGGACCUUUACCAAAAUUUCGGCGAGCACAGAUAUGUAUAUUAGAGACCUAGCUAACCCACUGAGAAUAAAUACUUGAUUUUCCUUAAGAUAUUGUAUUGCUUGAUAAAAUAAUAAAACUUGAGUCUUACCACCUGAGACCAUAAUAUACUGUGAUGUGUACUUUCUUACAAUAUUAUUGUGUACAUACAGUAACGAUCUACAGUACAUCGCUAUUGAAAAUUGGUACUCCAAACUAUUAGCUAAGUCAAAAAUCAACUUGAAAUAUGUUGUAGUGCUUCAAAAUCUAACAUAACCAAAAUUAAAAAGUCAGGUACUUUGUAGAAGUCAGAAUAGCUUAGAUUGCCUGGUUAGUUAUCUAAAACUUAGCUUAGAUUUUUACACUUGAAAUUUCUGCCAAAUGGUUAAAAAUUAGGUUAAAUUAAUGCAUGAAAAAGUAGUACACAAUUUUCAGCGACAUUUAUUUGGAAAUACAAAUGUACAUCACAUGGUCUAGGUCUCUAAUAUGUUUAGAAAUAUCUUUGAAAAUGACCCAACUGAAUGAUUGAUCAUAUCACCAAUGCGCCAACAUAAACUCGCCAUCAAUCUCAUUAUUACCUGGUAACUAAUGCACUUUAAGUAAAUGUAAUUGAGAGCGUAUUGCAUAUCAAGACUGGCAAAACAUUGUUCUGUGGACCAUGUUAUAUUGUACAGAAACUGGCAGGUUGCUGUACAUUGUAUUAGUUUGCAAUGUAGAAUAAGGAUGUAAUCAAAUUUUUGGUGUGGUCAUCUUUUAAUAUAAAAAGUGUAAGGGUUUUUUUUUUAAACAUGCUUUUGUUUUUCUAUGAAACAUGUGUAUGUAUGUGUGGUGGCCUGAGAAAAUGCUUUACAUGAUGAAAUUUCGAGUUUUUACAGGAUUUGCUCAACUAAAUUGGUUUCUCUUCUGCGUGUAUAUCAAACCGAAGUACAUUUC